AUGAAUAUUCUCAAGUCUGUUAUGCGGAAGCAGGAGAUGGCGUCCAACCCCGCUGCCGACGACACCUGCUGUGCGAUAUGCUACGAAAAGGUCGGCGAAGUGAAGGAGGAGGGCGACCGGGAGGUCUGGCGAUACCUGCCCUGCGGCCACCGCUUCGGCGGGGACUGUAUACAACACUGGCUCGGCGUCGCCAGCGUCGAUGAGCCGCACUGCCCGUGGUGUCGGGUGAGCAUGCGGUGCGACUGCGGACACCCCGUGGUGCCGACGAUGAAGCCUACGCGCAACUACAUGUACUGGGGCUGGAUGCCGUGCGAAAUAUGCCAUACUCAACUCCAACGGUCACGCAAGGCGUCGAAAUACUUCCGCGGCCAACUCCUGCCGCGGCUCAACUCCCUCAUUCACUCGCUCGACCACAACAUGGCUUCCAUCCCGGCGGAGGUGCCCAAGGAGCAGGAGGAGGCGCCGACGAAGGAACCGUGGGAGGACCGCGAAGUGUGGAGGAAGAAGUGGACGGAGCACUUCUUGCAAGAAGAUCGGAAAGCUUCUGCGUCGAAAUCGCCCAAGAAAUAG